AUGGUCGCCUCAGGAAAGUCUCUGCUUCUAACUCGCGUGGGCUACGGCAGCUACAAGAUCAGAUGCAGUGGUGCUCCCUCUUGCGCCCAGUGUGAGAGGAAGGGGAUUAUCUGCCAGUUCCACUUCUCUACGAAAGAGAAUCAUGGCCCAUCACAAGACUUCACGACUGCCGCCGUCGACGGCAUCGAAAGUCCAGACGAAAAUGGGACUCGCCACCCGAUAACAGCUCCCAGUGCAGAGCUAUCAGGACCUGUGGGCGGAGACGAUUCGCCUUUAUCUUUAACAGUCACGGUUGAUACUCAGGCCUCAGCUGCUGAUGAUAAUCCACGAGAGUGUCAAGCCACCACCACAAACGGACCGACACAGCUAGCUACACAUAUCAUCUGCCAUUCUCCACGUUCAUUACGAGAACACACCAUGCAUUUCGACCCGCAACUGCCACAGGAGACGGGCCUGGAGCACGUCCCUUCCCGGCUGCACCAGACUACAUCAAAUCAAAAUCGAGACAGUAUCACGGAACUGCGUCCGAGCGAUACGCCUUGGUCGUGGUUCAAUUGGGAAAGUGAUCUACCAUUUGAGCCUCCUCACGCUGAAGUUCUAUUCAAUAACAUGGGAGGCAGUGCAGACAUCAGCUAUAGUGAUCCAAUUCCGUCUGGGAGAGAAGAAAGGAGUGAGGUCCAGACCAGUGCUUACUUACACAGCGACCCAGCUGACCUAUUCGGUACGGUACUGAGAGUCCUGGACACUCUCGAUUCACCAGAGCACAAGAGCCUUCUUCUUGAUGUGCCUAAAAUGAAUGAUGCGGAUAUGCUCAAGUUCUGGAACCAAUAUUUCAAAGUCUUUCACAAGAAAUUCCCGGUUGUACACCGCGCUUCCACCCAAAUUGGGAAAAGCCCCCCGCUUUUGGUCAGCGUGAUCACUGCGAUCGGAGCCAGUUACAGCUCAGGACCCGGGGAUACAGAGUAUUAUGUUCGUGUCUUUGCUAGAAUCUGUAUGAUCCUCUCAUGUAAAUCCUGCGGCUCGCAGGGAGCUCACAAACUUUGCGACCCACUGACAUUACUUCUGUGCCAAUGCAUUGUAUAUUUUUUCAUCAUCAUCGACCGCUCUGGGAUCUUUCGCCCUUGGGCCCUCGCUGGUCAGGCGUGCAUGGUCACUACCGCGCGGAACGCGUCUGUGUUCUACUCCGACCACGGGCUGAACAGUGACUCGGAAGUCGGCAGUGCGACAUCCCCCUCAGACCUCAGCACAGUGGAUUGCUCCCUCAGUCCGCAAGAACUGUUGGAUCAGGAUCUGGAAGGUACAAUAAUCCAUAGGCAGUGGCUGGAGUGGAUUGCAGCAGAAAAACGUAAACGGCUUGGAUGGGCCGUCGUGGCCAUUCAUAGUUUGUAUCACCUUCGCGCACAAUCCCCUUUCCGGCUCAGCUUCGCCGAGCUGGACCUCUACUUACCUUACGAUGAUAACAUGUGGGAAGCAACCGAUGCAACGUCUUGGCGCAGACAAUUCCCAUGGACCGAUCGGCCUCCAAGAACGUUGCCACUUCAAGGCGCGAUUCGGACCCAUUCUGAGAAUUCAUCUUGCAUGACCGACUUACCCACGUUGGCAACACUGGCCGUGGGAAGCCUGGUGGAGCUGGUUCAUCGCGACAAACAGCAGCGGUUGCCCGGAAUCCAAAGCUCUCUGAAAUCCGAAGCAGCACGAAAACGAGGGUGGCAUCUGUUGGUGGAUGAAAUUGUCGAUGCUGUACAAGGUGAAAAGAGAUCUCUUUAG